AUGGACUCCUUCAAUAUGGCCACAGCGCCAAUGAGCCCUAGUGACGAUGCCUGGCUCUCGGAGGCUCCUGAAGAUGUCGACGUGGCUGUAGCUGUUCGAGAUUUCGCCAAAGCUGCGCGUCUUAUUUCUCGCGCCAGGCGUCGAUUGGCUCAACUCAUUCCCUCGGACUCCAGCCAGCAGCAUCAGCAAUCGCAUGUGUCGGCAGCUGCUCUUGGACUAAUCAAACUGAGGGAGAGGGUCGAGUCGAGAGCGGCGAACCUUUCCGCUGUCUUGCAGGAGGAACUUACUAGAGCGGCGGAUCGAUACAGUGCUACCCAAUCAGUACAUUCGGCUGCAAUUCAUCUAUCGGAAUUGGGCAAGACAGUAUUGGCUCUUCAUCUCUUCCUCGCUUAUCGAUCGGGAGUCAUUGGAAGCAGUUUGGUUCGAGGAGUGCGUCAAGAGGGUAAUCAACUGGUCUAUCUCAAUCGACUCUCCUUUGUUUUCCAUCGUGGACUAGUUGAAUCAGUAGCAGAAUGGAAUCAACUUAUUGAACAGUUGAGAAAGCAACCCGACUUUGUAGGACUGGAUGAUGUUGUUACAUCAAGCAAGUUGGGAUAUCUCUUUUCUAUGGAUCGACGUUGGGUAUUGGACGAGACCAUCCGGUUUUGCAAUCAAUUGAAGAUUCUUCUCAUUGAUAGUCGAUCGAUAUCUUUCUACGCAAUGGCUUGUGCUAGCGAACGUAUCCAUGCUCAUGCAAAGAAGGCUACUGAAUUAAUUGGAGUGGAUGUAACGUCGACUUUGGACAAUUGCCUUCUCAAAUCGUGGCAAAAGGCAGUAGAGGAGCAGGGAAGGGUCUACAGAGAUGGUAUUGAACAUCGAGCUUCUAAGGAAAAUUGGCGGCCUUCGGAAAAUGCUGAUGCGAAUAUCAAGACAAUGACAGAAGCUGGUUUUCCUGAAGCUAAGCAAAGUCUAGCCGGUGGCAAAGGUGGUUUGUCGAAUUUUACAACUCAGACAACUCGUUCUUUGUCGCAUUUUGCCCAUGCCUGCGCUCGAUUUGACUGCGCUGAGCUAAGGGAAUGUUGUGCCUCAACAUUGGAAAGUAUGCUACGUGGUGAUUUGGAGGUCUAUUCUCGCGCUUUGGCCUCCGCAAAGACUCAAGAAGAGAACAAGGCAAUUUUGUCGAAUCUGCACUUCUUCACGUCCAAAGUAAUUCCGAAAAUUGCUUCAACAAUGAACUGUGUUGAAAAUCCGGCUGUGAUGGUAGUCACGAAGGACUUCAAAAAAGUUCUUCGGGGAAACCAAAACUAG